ACACAUCACUCAGGGCUCGAUUUCCAAGGCUAAAUCAAAAGAGGGGUCAACUCCCCCGAUGUGUUAAGGAACAGCUUGUAAACAAGGUGAGCUCAGGGGGAGCAGAUGUGCUCAGACAUGGCUCCUGGAGCCUUGCUGCCACACAAGGGCCCAGCUAUUGGCAUCAAUGCACAGAAGCUGCUGCAGUUGCAGAGUCUGGCUUAAAGAAGAAUCAAACCCAGUCCUGCUGGAGAGCUGGACCCAGAGCAUCCUGAAGGUCUGUUCCACCCCGGACUGUUCUGUCCCAUCAGCACACUGCGUUUCUCUUCCUGCAGAGCCGCCCCAGCCACACACACACAAUCACACCUAAGCCCAGCAGGUGCCUGUUCUCUUACAAAGUGAGGCAUCCUGAAUAGCUUCACCAGCGAAAGGAAAGGGAAUGUGAUCCGGCCCAGCGACCCCGACCCCGCUCAAGCACCGCUUCCCCCCUGCUCCCGUCGCUCCCCAGCACCCUUAGGGCAGGUCGAGCAGGCGGUGCUGCGCGAACAGCUCCUGGGUGAUGCUGUAGACAUCACUGAUGUGGGGCAAGGCCUCCCCCAGCACGGCCACGGCGUCCUCGGCCGAGCCCACGUUCAUGGUCCGCAGGAAGGCAUCGCGGGACGGCAGCGCACAGAAGGCCAUGGUGGCUGCCUUGCGGAUGACCCAGGGGUGGAAGGCGGCUAAGGAGGCGUUAUAGGAGUCCGUGCAGAUCGCGGACGUCCGUGAGUGCUCCCCGCCUGUCCGCAGCCCCUCCAGGAAGAGCUGCAGCCAGCGCAGGGCUCGGUGCAGCCGCAGCACCGUGCGGCACCCGGAGUCGGGCCGGCCCGAGCGCCGGUGCAGCUCCACCAGCCCGCUGUCCAGCUCGUACCGCACCAUGGACUGCAGCGACACGUACCGCUCCCGGUGCUCGCCGCAGCACAGCCCCUCCAUCAGCUGCACUUUGGCCUCCGCAUCCUUGGAGAUGAAGGAGAAGACGGCGCCCAGGCUGUGCAGGAACCUGCAGCGGACACAGCGCACCCGGUUACGGCAGCGGCGGCACUGGGGCCGUGGCAGCCGCCGCACCGGCACUCACCGGAUGAGCCCCCGCCAGCCGCACAGGAAGCAGCCGGGAGCCUGCGGGCUGGGGCCGAGGAGCGGCUGAGACGGCGGCGGAGGCGCCUUUUGGCGGCCCGCACUGAGGUGAUCCUGAGGUGAUCCUGAGGUGAUUGUCCCACGCAGGCCGGAAUGCGAAGCAUCUGAAAAUGCCUGAGAUAAAAGUGACUCCUUUGGGAGCCGGGCAGGAUGUGGGCCGCAGCUGUAUCCUCGUGUCUAUUGCCGGGAAGAACGUAAUGCUGGACUGCGGGAUGCACAUGGGCUACAACGAUGAUAGGCGCUUUCCUGACUUCUCCUACAUCACCCAGAAUGGGAGGCUGACGGACUUCCUGGACUGUGUGAUCAUCAGCCACUUCCACCUGGACCAUUGUGGAGCUUUACCCUAUUUCAGUGAGAUGGUGGGUUAUGAUGGGCCCAUUUACAUGACACAUCCUACCAAGGCCAUCUGCCCCAUCCUGCUGGAGGACUACAGGAAAAUUACUGUAGACAAGAAAGGGGAAACCAACUUCUUCACUUCCCAAAUGAUUAAAGACUGCAUGAAAAAAGUGGUUGCUGUGCAUCUGCACCAGACAGUGCAGGUGGAUGAGGAGCUGGAGAUCAAGGCCUACUAUGCAGGCCACGUGCUGGGAGCAGCCAUGUUCCAGAUCAAGGUUGGGUGCGAGUCAGUCGUGUACACUGGUGAUUAUAACAUGACACCAGACAGACAUUUAGGUGCUGCCUGGAUCGAUAAGUGUCGCCCGGAUUUACUCAUCACUGAAUCCACCUAUGCCACAACCAUCCGAGACUCCAAACGCUGCAGGGAAAGAGACUUCCUGAAGAAAGUUCAUGAGACUGUGGAAAGAGGAGGAAAGGUUCUCAUCCCUGUUUUUGCCCUUGGACGUGCUCAGGAACUCUGCAUUUUGUUGGAAACCUUCUGGGAAAGAAUGAACUUGAAGGCUCCAAUUUACUUCUCCACAGGCCUGACGGAGAAGGCCAAUCACUACUACAAGCUCUUCAUCACCUGGACCAACCAGAAGAUUCGGAAAACCUUUGUGCAGAGAAACAUGUUUGAAUUCAAACACAUCAAAGCCUUUGAUCGGGCCUUUGCAGACAACCCAGGGCCCAUGGUGGUGUUUGCAACCCCUGGCAUGCUUCAUGCAGGACAGUCCCUUCAGAUCUUCAGGAAGUGGGCUGGGAAUGAAAAGAAUAUGGUGAUCAUGCCUGGCUACUGCGUGCAGGGAACUGUAGGCCACAAGAUCCUGAGUGGGCAGCGCAAGCUGGAGAUGGAAGGAAGACAAAUACUGGAAGUGAAGAUGCAGGUGGAAUACAUGUCCUUCAGUGCACAUGCAGAUGCCAAGGGGAUCAUGCAGCUGAUUCGCCAGGCUGAGCCUCGGAAUGUUCUCCUGGUCCACGGGGAAGCAAAGAAAAUGGAGUUCCUGAAGCAGAAAAUAGAACAGGAAUUUCAUGUCAGCUGCUACAUGCCUGCCAAUGGAGAGACCACAACAAUAUUCACCAAUCCCAGCAUUCCCGUGGACAUAUCCCUGGGACUCCUGAAGAGAGAAACAGCCAUAGGUCUCUUACCAGAUGUCAAGAAGCCAAAGCUCAUGCAUGGCACGUUAAUGAUGAAGGAUAACAGCUUCCGCCUGGUUUCCCCCGAGCAGGCUCUGAAGGAGCUGGGCCUGGCGGAACAUCAGCUGCGCUUCACCUGCCGCGUCCACAUCCAGGACCCGCGGAAGGAGCACGAGACUGUGCUGCGUGUGUACAACCACCUCAAAGGGGUCCUGAAAGAUUACUCAGUGCAGCAUCUCCCUGAUGGGUCUAUAACAGUGGAGUCCAUUCUUAUCCAAGCCACAGCACACUCAGAGGAUCAAGGAACCAAAGUUCUGCUCGUGUCCUGGACCUACCAGGAUGAAGAGCUGGGCAGUUACCUCACCUCCCUUCUGAAGAAAGGACUCCCCCAGAGCACAGCGUGAGCUCCCCCGAGGACACCACUCUCAGAGGUGCUUCAGAGACAGUCAGGUUUAUUUUGGUUACACU